AGUCACAUUUUUGACAGUUAGUUGAAUUGAUUCGUUCCCAGCCAUCCGCCAGCGAUUGCUUAGCUUUAUUUUCUGUGAAGUAAAUUGUCAAAUAAUUCAUUGUAGGAACUACAAUUCAUAUGAACUUAUAAUCUGUGAUACCAGUUGAAGACUAUUUUAACGCAGAGUGUAGAAGCCAAAAACAGCAGUAAAAUGACCAAUAAAUACGAUGCUUUGAAGGCCUACGGCAGCGAUAGCGAGGAUAGUGGAGAUGAAGGAGCGGAUUUCAACGUUGAAAAUUUGUUACCGCUGGAAGUUGGACCCGGAGAACACAAACUGCAGUACACGUACUGCCUUUGGGUUGGGAAAAAGGCUAGAGCUGCGGAGUACGGCAAAACAUUACACCUAGCUGGUCGUUGCGCCAGUGUCGAGCAAUGGUGGUCACUUUACUGCCACUUGAUUAAACCGACACUGAUGAAGCCAUUCAGAAAGUUGCAUCUAUUUAAGAGUGGUAUAAAGCCAAUGUGGGAAGACCCCGGUAACAUGCGCGGCGGCCAGUGGGUUAUCCGGUUAAGGAAAAAUAAGAUCGACCGCGCUUGGGAGAACGUGUGCAUGGCGAUGCUAGGAGAACAGUUUCUGGUAGGACCGGAAAUUUGUGGCAUAGUGCUUUCCAGUCAAUUUCCGGAGGAUCUGCUGUCCAUUUGGAAUCGAACAGCUAGCGAUACGGCCAGCACCAACCGAAUCAGGGAUACGCUACGUAGAAUUCUGCAUUUGUCAUCUUCAACUCACAUGGAGUAUAAACCACACUGCGAUAGUCUCAAGUACCUUUGAAAUAGGAGUGCGCUGUUGUUCGUUAGCGUGUCGAAUUACUCUAUUUCUCUGUAUCUUUGUAAAGAUAUAAUCAAGUUUUGAAAUCACCUAAUUUACCGAAAAAACAGCUUUCCAUAAGUA